AUGUCAUUCUCGUCUUUACCUACUUGUCCAGACUGUGUAGCGUUUGCAGUCGAACGUAUCGACGGUAAGGAAAUCUCAAUCUACUCAACUAAAAGAGGAAGCCGUCAUUGGAGGUAUCUAGUCAGUGAGAACUUUGAUGAUUCUUUUGUGCCAUGUUUCAACAAUCCGGGUUUCUUCCGCACAGGCUUCUUCUGCUUAGAUUAUUCUGGAACUUUAGGAUGUUGUGUUGUAAAUGACAGAGACAACAACCAUGGACUGGAUUGGAAAGUUUACAACAAGCCUUUAAAACAGUUUAAUGAUGCAUUUCCAUGUUACUUGGUAGAGUGUAACGGGAAUCUUUUACUAGUGAAUAUAGGGCCGAUCGGAGAAACGGUCGGAGUAUUUAGAUUGGACCAGACCAACAAGGUCUGGGUUAAAGUUGAAAGUUUGGGAAAACAUAUGUUGUUCAUCAGCAGUACCUCUAGUUGCUCAGCAAUUGCUCCUCCCAAUAGUCAAAUGGAGAACAAGGUCUACUUCCCUAGAUUACAUAAAGAUGGAAAAGGCGUAUUAUUCUAUUCUCUUGACACAUGUAGGUACCACUACUCUAUUCGAGCACAACAGAAUAAUAUUGAUGCUGCUACGAACUUCUAUGACACAAAGGAGAUGUGCAACUCUACUUGGAUUGAACCUAACUGGUCACAAGGGAGUACUCCUACUGAUCAAGAUCACCUUGGUUGGCUUAGCUAG